AUGCCUCCUCCCCCGCCGCACGACCCCGAGCCUCACUGGCCCUACCCGUCCUUCAACGUCCGCAUUGAGGACCUCGCUCACCCCGGUGCGAAGCUCUUCCUCGACCACAUCCGCGUCGACGAGGCCUUGCGGUACGCCGUUGCCACCGUCUUCAGGUGGCUCUAUACCCCGAACUCUGUCCCCACACAUGUAGAGCAAGUUCUGCUCGUCCUCCGGCCCAUGGACGGCGUUGCGCACACCUUUGGUUCUCGCACGCACAAGGAGAUCCAUUUCUCUCUGAACCACAUCCGCAACUCCGAGGCCCGCGCCAAGGACGAGAUCCUUGGCGUGCUCGUGCACGAGAUGGUUCACUGUUACCAGUACAACGGCCUCGACAAAGCUCCCGGCGGGCUUAUUGAAGGCGUCGCCGGUAUACUGGGUCCGCUUGAACGCCGGCUUGGGCCCCCACACUGGAAGAAAGAGGCCGACGGGGAGUGGGACGCAGGCUAUCAGAAGACCGCGUACUUCCUCGAGUGGAUAGAAAGCCGGUACGGAGAUGGCACUAUCCGCGAACUCAACGAGGGCCUAAAGGACAAGGAGUACGACGAGCAUAUAUUUAAGGACCUUACUGGACGGAAGAUCUCUAAGCUAUGGAAGCUGUACAGAGCCCACCUGGAAGAGCUGCAGGGUCCGGCUCUCUGA